AUGCGACGGGGUGACAGAUGGCAGAAUCUGCUGCUGAUCGCCCGCGGGCCUUGGCGCACAUGCAACACACAUUGGGCAGAGGGCGUGGUGCCAUGGGUGUGGGUGUGGAGUCGAGGCCCAGCAGCAGCCCAGCAGAGCAGCCCAGCAGCCCAGCACACAGGCACACAGGCACACCGACGAUGCUUUUGCACGCAGAGGCCGCCGCCCCGUGGCCAGAGUAUCCCGGGCACACGAGGCUGGGAAACGGGCGACAGGCGUGCUGGUGCUGCUCCGGCCGGGCUCGUGUGCGUCACUGUACUCUAUGCUGCUACUGCUACUGCGUGGUCGCCUGCUAUUCAUCCACCACGCCCAUCCGGCUCCACUCUAACACGCCUCACCGCCUCAAGCACCGUCUGGCAGGCUGGGAACGUGACCCAGAUGCGCUGCCAGCAGGCCCGUCUAGUCCCCGCCGUGUCUGCAGAUACAUAA